GUUUGCUCAUUAGUGCUACAUUGAUCCACUGGCUGUCCAAUGCUUUGGACUAACUGUUAAAUCAAAUCUAAAAUUCGGGAGCUUGUUCAGUGGUCAGUAGUGAUUGGUAGAUGAUGGCAGGGAGACCUAGUACAGGAAUGUGGUUGCUCUUUUUUGCCACUAUGCUCAACUAUGUCUGUGGAUCUACAGAGGUCUGCACCAACUCCCUCCUUCCUGGAGCUAAAGGAGACCAAGGUGAGAUUGGAGAUGAGGGAGAUCAGGGGAGACUGGGGAAGAAUGGACCACCAGGACUUCCAGGUGCACCAGGUGAGACGGGGCUUAAAGGAGAUGUUGGUCACACAGGAAAGAUGGGGCCCACUGGAGAUAAAGGUGACAAAGGAGAUUCGGGUUUAGAUGGGCCCCCUGGUUUAAAAGGGAAACCAGGCACUACAUGUGACUGUGGCAGGUACAGGAAGGUGGUUGGACAGUUGGACGUUAAUGUAGGCAAGCUGAGGAAUGCUGUCAAGUUUGUAAAGAACAUCAUCUUGGGGCUGACAGAAACAGAGGAGCGCUACUAUCUGCUGGUGAAGGAGCCUAAGAGGUUCAGGGAGGCCGCAAUGAACUGCAAGCUAAGAGGAGGCACGCUGGCCAUGCCGAAAACCAUCAACAGCAACCACCUCAUAGCAGAUUACAUCAGUCGAUCAGGACUGACACGAGUUUAUAUAGGGGUUCAGGCUCAAACCCAGGAUACAGAUGGACCACGCAAUUAUGUUUAUGCAGACUCGCACCCUCUGCAGGGGUUUGCAGCUUGGAGUCAAGAGGAGGAGCUGAACUCCAGAUUAUCUCCCACCACAAACUCCAGCUGUGUGGAGCUGCUCAGCACAGGAACAUGGGGUCAUGUUGAGUGUAAUGCCACCAUGUUUUUCGUCUGUGAGUUCCCAAAAAGCAGGAGAAGAGGAGGAGGCGGAGGAAGAGCAACACCUGCCUUGGCAUCAUGAUAAUUCAAUGAGACAUCCACACUUGCAUGCCAAAGUAUACAGUUACAGUAUGUUUUGUAGUAGGCCCAUGUAUUAGCAAUUUAUGUAGUGUUAGGAUUUUACACAAAUGCAGCACCUGUGUGAGCAUGCUAGAAGUGUGGCUCACUGAGAUGCAGUGUAAAGAAUGGAUUGAAUGCAUUUGUCUUGCAUUUUGUCUCAACAAACUAGCUUGCUAGCUUCUGUGCUAAUAACUUGUUGGCCUUUUACAGAGUGCUUUGUCUCAGCUAGCUGUGGUUGCUUGUAUACAGGACACGCGAGUACAUACAGUAUAUUCUGUUCCAGGUAUGUUCAUGUAACUGUGUUUGUUGUAUCAUGUUUACUGUGAAACUUCAGAAAGCUAUAUAUGUGUGUGCUGCGCCAAAGGUGACUAUGAUGAGCCAACUGUGUGACUGCACAAGUACAUAUAUUUUCUUUUCCUAUCCAAACAAACAGCAGCACAGAAAUAGACAGCAGCUUCUCGUAUAUCAUCUCUGCACUAAAAAAACCCAUGAAAAACAAAGAGUCAAGUGUUUGCUGUGGUUUCAUUAGUGUCUGGCUGAGCUCAGUUACUGUAAAUAACACUACAUGUACUCUAUGGUUUAAUAUGACACUGCUACAGUGGGAAUUGAAAGACAACUCAUGAUCUUGCUUUAGACUACGAUUUCAUAAAGACCUGCUGCUUCUCACACACACACACACACACACACACGGGAAGAGUCAUGUGUCACCUCAAAGGACAUAACACUCACUUGCAUUCAUUUCUUGGAGGCCUAUCCUAACUUAAACCACAACCACCACAUGUCUAACCCCUACCUACCUAACCUUGAAUGAUUUACGUUAAGGGAAUCUGAUUUUUGUCCCCAUUAAGGGAGUUGAGUCCCCACGACACAACUGUGAAAACAGACUUAUAUCCCCACAAAGUGAGAAAUACCUGGACCACACACAUACACAAUUACACACCCAUACAGAAACACACUCCUGUGUUAAGCCUUCCCCUCCAUCUAUUUGGCACAUGAUGAAAGCAGUGUUACCAGCCUGUCGGUCACACAUCUCAUUCAAGAGCUUUUGUGUUUGUACACCUGUCUCUACGUCUCUCUUUCUCCCUGUGCAAACACAGGAGAGGUGAAGAGUGAGAAUGAAGUGUGCAGCCCUGAUGUAAAGAGUAUACCAGUAUAUAUAUUAUGUUAUGUAAAUAAAGUCAUUUUCACUUCUCUGCAGCCUAAAUGGGAAGAAAUGAUUGGUCAACCUUAUUCUAAACACACACUCCCCUUACCUCUUUUGACUCUGAAAGAUUUAAACUUUGCAUAUGACCCUGAAAAAAUUGAUGGUUGCUUAUCUAUCUAUCCAUCGAUCUAUCUCUAACUUUACCUCUAGUCAGACAGGUGCCUUGGUUGCCAUGGAGUCUACUGCCAGUGUUGAGGUCAUUGAUAAAAUUUGAGGUUACUGUUGAGCUGAAGGGACCAUAACCCCGACUAGGAAAAAUCCCUCACAACAUGUAUAUUAAAGUAAGACAUCUCCAUCAAUUCAAAUAAGUAAGUGCAUGGUGGUUAUAGGCUGCAGAUGAUUUUAGUCAGUCAAAUCAAUUAUGAAUAUAUUGAACAACUGAAAAUGAUCAGUUUCUAGCAACAAAAAGUUGAAGAUAAUAACAGUAAAAUACACUCAUGGGGAAUUGAACAUAGCGGUGAAUGUGAAUGUGUGUCAUAUGUGUAGCCUGUGUCACUUUUGUUCUACAAUGAAAAAUAUCUAUUUUACAUCAAUGUAAAUGGCAU